AUGAACAAAAAAAAAAUUCUAGAAGAACUGCUUUUAAAGAAGUCACAACAGAAAUAAAAAAUAACCCCAUUAAAUUACAAGAAAGGGUUGUUUAUUCUGUGAAAGACAAACAUUUCUUAUGAACAUGACAAAAGGAGAAAAGGAAGCAAGAGGGGAUCAACUGAGAUUGAGAAAAUUCGAUGUUUUGAGACACUGAAUCUUGAGGAAUCAACACCACCUCCUGCAAGGCUUUUCAGUUGUCCUGCUCAGAUUCCUCCUAGAGCCUCCAUCAAUCCCAAUUCUAUGGGCAGCGGGACAUGCAGAUGUGAGAAGUGGCCAAAGAUCCCCUCCUGGAGUGCCAUGGACAAACCUUGCCACAGCAAGCAGCAGGCUGCUAGAUCUUCCUCUCUUCUAGAUGGGAUUCUGUGUUGUACAACUGGGUCUGUGAAACCACUGCCUCCAGUCCUUCAAACUCUCUUGAAGCGUGGAAGCCUGCCCCAGAGACUAUCACCAGAGAAGUCAGUCCCGAAUGUGGCUGUGGCCCAAGGCAACUACAAACCUGAAGGUAAUUCAGCUAUCCAGCUUGUCAGAAGCAAUAAAUAUUGUGUAUCACAAGAAAAAUAUUCUGACUGGUGGAAAAUAAUGGAUUGGGAAGGUUGUGGGAAUAAAGGAUUUGUAUUGAGCACUUACUUGAGAAAGCUGUUUCUGAAUGAUGAUAAGCCCAGGGAAAACUCCAGUGUCAGCAAACAGACAUUGGCAGAAGAGCAGAGUAUUGCCAAGCAUAAUUGGGAUGCUGAUAUCUCCUGUGCCCAGUCUGAGUAGCUUCAAAUAUUACAUGUGUAUAAAACCCCUGAGCACAAGUAUUACCUUGCUGAAAAUUAUUGUUUUGAAUCAAUUCCUAAACACUACCAUCAGCACAACUUCACCAUUUUUCUUUAUAAAUAUGUGACAAGGUUCCAGCAUGCAGUAUCUACAAAAGUAAAUAAGGUCCCAACCACAGCUUCAUCAGGAAAUUGAAUUUGGGAGUUGAAAUGAGAAAAAAUUGUCCUGUUGAGAGAGCUAGAGAGUGCUCAGUUUGGAGUGGUGCUUCAGGGAAAGUGGAAGGAAAAAUAUGAAGUGGCUAUAAAGAGGAUUAAAGAGGGAGCAGAAGAUGAACUCAUAGAAGCUCAGGCCAUGAUGAAAAUUAAUAAUAAUCCCAAACACUUUAGACUGUACAAUGUACGCUCAAAAUUAUAUCCUGCCUAUUUAGUGACUGACUAUUUGAUCAGCCACCUAAGGAGUCAUGGAAAGGAACCCUCCUACCCUUUAGCUUUUUUGAAAGUAUGUUAUGAUGUUUGUGAUGCUAUGGCAUUUCUGGAGAUCUGUCAGUUCAUACAUGGAGACUUGGCUGCUAGGAACUGUUUGGUUGACAGCAAAAUUACUGUGAAAGUAUCUGACUUCAAGAUGACUCGAUAUGUUCUGGAUGAUCUGCAUAUAAGGUCUCUAGGAACCAAGUUUCCAGUGAAGUGGUCAGCAUCCAAAGUUUUUCAUUACACGAAGUCAGAUGUAUGGGCCUUUGGUAUCUUAAUGUGGGAGGUGUUCACUUUGGGAAAGCAGCCCUAUGAGCUUUAAUAUAGUAUGCCAGUGAUUGAGAAAGUUUCUCAUGGAUACAGAUUUUAUAGACCACAACAGGUUUCAAACACCAUCUGCUAGAUAAUGGACAACUGCUGGAAUGAACUACCAGAAAAGCGCCCUACCUUUUAUCAGCUCUUACCAUUUUUUGAGGCAUUGAGAGAAGGAAACAGAGGUUGA